AUGGAGGGCUUUGACACCAUGGCCAUGCCACCUUUUCUAGCCAGCCCACUCUCCCUUGGUAAUCUCCAGGGCACCGAUUACCUCAAUGCGAUGCCCGGUCUCGACCUCCCAGAUCACCGCUCCAAUUUCGACUCAGAAACCUUUGUGAGCGAGGAUCUAGCUUUCAAUCAGAAUAGUUUGUCGCAUUCAAUAAAGCGCUUCUCGUCCGGCUAUGAUGAUCCAUUUAAUGACAUGGUCGCCCCGUUUGAUCCCCUACCUCAAGAACAGCCACAAGACUCGUCUAUCGACCACAAUAAUAAGCUGUUGAGCUUUUCGAUUCCCGUGUAUCAUUUUACCCUCCUCGACUACUCUAUGCGCCGCACCUCGCUCUCCGUCUCCGCCCAACUGCACGGCAUGUUCUUUCUGGCCGAGUCACCCUACACUACUUCUCCAUCCGAGAAUCCUCCGCCACAAUUAGGUGCCGAGUUGACCUGUUACCGCCGUAACCUCUUCCAAAUUACCGGUUCCGUCACGUUGCCUCGGGGAAUGCGUUAUAUCAUGACGGACCAAGGCGAUCGUAUUCCAAUCCUGGCCCAAGAGUUGACCGUAUCGGCAACAGAGUCGGUGGAGGGUAAUCCCGUCAAGAUCAUAUCCGUUCCCUGGAAGACUCCCUCCGCUGCAGCCGCCGCCAACUCGGGGAGCACGCUCGAGGAACCCCUCCCGAGCGGUGCCGCCAAAGUAGAGAAGGAACCACCACCAAUUCCCCUCGAUAUCAUGGCGGGCCAGGAUCUGGACACCGACUACGCGACCUUCCCGAUCGCCUGGAAGCGAUUGCAGUUCCGGGUUGCGACGGCGAACAACGGUCGACGGAAGGAAUUGCAGCAACACUUUGUCGUGCGACUCAAGGUUGUCGCGACGCUCUCCACAGGAGCCAAGAUUGCCAUCUCCGAGGUACAAUCGGGACCGGUGAUUGUUCGUGGCCGCAGUCCACGCAAUUUCCAGUCCCGUAAGGAUCUGCCUCUGAGCGGCAGUGCGGCUGCCUCCCGCAAAAACCAGGCCAAUGCCGCCGCCGCUGCCGCUCUCAACCGAACGCCCACCAGUGAAUCGCUCCCUCGCCGUACCAGUGUGACCCCGGCCAAGAACAAGCCGGGCUCGGCGACAGCUCAGAGCAGCUCCCCCGAGACAUCCUCAGUUCCACCCCCAUCCAUGAUGCAGCAACCACCCUCACAACCCCCCGGUGAUUGGACACCGAUCCCUCCCCCCAACGCCAACGCCGUCUUACCCCGUCAGCCUCUGUACCCUCAUUCCAGUCCCGAGCAGGUUUCCCAGGCCGCCGAUGCGCAGCGCCGUGUCAGCAUGGCGACAACGGCGGCAGCGUCCUCGGCGCCGAUCAACCUGUCUCUCAUGGAUGACGAUCCUGUCGGAGGUCAUGACGGUGGUUUACAUUUGGGCCAUAAGAUUCCAGCGGGGUUCCACCACAACGAGAUGUCUCGGCAAAGGUCGAUUAGUAUUGAUCAAUCGGGUGCCCAACCACCCGCAAAGAUGCGCAAGAUGUCUCACCCCAUGUCCCAUCAGUCUGUCCGCAGUACCACCACGACCUCCUCGGCCUCAUUACCGCUUCUGGAGACGGCGAACCUUCCACAUCAGUUCGUGUCCUCAUUACCUUUCCCCAAUGAAGGCACUGAUUUCCUAUAUGAAUACUUUCCUCUGGGAUUGGACGAUUGGCAAGCGCCCGUGGACGCCGUCUAUCGACCCCAUGUGGUUCACCACACGAAUAUGCCGGAAAUGAAAUUUGUCGCAGGUACUCGAGGUCGAAGCAAACGGUAUUUUGCCGCCGAGGAUGUUUUCUAA